UCGUCAUUUAUUCGUUCAACUAUAUCGGAUAUAGCCGCCGGGUGGAGGUCGCUUUGUUACUAAGUAACCUUAUACAGAUCACCAAUACAACAUGCCUGAGCCAAGAUGGAACAAAACAUUCGCGAUUGUGGGAACAUUCGUCCAUUCGUCCGACGAAAAACCGUUGAUUACCCUAGAGGACCACUGCCUUGGAGUAGCCGAUGGGAAGAUAAUAUUUCUUCAGAAAUGUGACGCAAAUCUACAGACGACGUUACGAGAACACAAUAUAUCACCUGAAAGCGUCAUUUACUUGGAGGAAAGGCAGUUCCUGGUGCCAGGGUUUGUUGAUACUCAUAUCCACGCGUCCCAGUACCCUAACUGUGGUAAGGGACUUGACGAAGGUCUGUUGUCAUGGCUACAGAAAUACACAUUUCCAGUCGAGGCUAGGUUCGCUGAUCUGGAGUUCGCAACUGAUACGUAUUCCAAAGUCAUCUCUCGGGUUGUAAAAAAUGGAACGACUACAGCGUGUUAUUUUGCCACCAUUGAUACUGACGCCACGCUUCGACUUUGUGACAUAGUGGACAAAGCUGGUCAGCGGGCAGUAGUGGGUAAAGUAAACAUGGACCAGAAUUCUCCGGACUUUUACAAGGAAGAGACAGCCCAGUCUUUCCAAAACACAGUCAGAUUCGUGAAGGAGGUUAUCAACAGAAAGUACCAGUUAGUGAAGCCAUGUAUCACCCCACGGUUUGCUAUAACCUGCUGUAUGGAUUUAAUGAAACAACUAGGACAGCUGGCAAGGACAUACCACCUCCACGUACAGACCCAUAUAUGCGAGACAAAGGAUGAAUGCAGCAUGGUACAGAAACUGUUCCCCGAGAACAAAUCUUAUACUGAUGUAUACGAAGAGGCUGGUCUGCUCACUCGUAAGACUGUGCUUGCACAUGGCAUAUACCUAUCCAAGGAAGAGAGGGAGGUAAUCAAGAAUCGAGGGUCGGGAAUAUCACAUUGCCCGAACUCUAAUUUGUCAAUCCGAAGUGGUUUGCUCGAUGUAAAGGGUUGCUUUGAAGAUGAAAUCGCUGUUGGUUUGGGUACCGACAUAUCAGGUGGAUACAGUCCUUCAAUUAUGGACGCCAUGAGGACUGCCAUAAGUACAUCUAACACUAUUGCUAUGCAACGAGGCCCUAGCUACACCCCACUCGACUACAAAGAUGUUUUCCGAAUGGCCACAUUAGGUGGAGCUAGAGUACUGGACAUGGAUGACAUCAUCGGUAACUUUGAGGUCGGGAAGGACUUCGAUGCCCUCGUUAUUGACCCUAAUGCACAAGCCAGUGUCAUUGAUGUCUUUGAGAACGAUACAGUUGAAGAUGUGAUACAGAAGUUUGUCUUCCUUGGUGAUGACAGGAAUAUACUAAAGGUAUUUGUGGCCGGACGUGACCUGUCGGAGAAAUCCUUUGUGGAGCCGCUGAUACCUUCGUAAUGUAAUCCGGUAUACUUGUUUUUGUUGUUGUUGUUGUUGUUUUUUUUGUUUUUGUUUUUGUGUGUGUGAAACGCCAGACUUGUAAAAUGCUUUGUUUAAUGCACUUAUGAGAACUGGGUAAUACGCCGGAAUUAUGAGAACUGGGUAAUACGCCGGACUUGUGUGCGAGAACUAAGUGAUACGCUGGACUUGUGAGAACUUGGUAAUACAGCGGACUCAUGAGAACAGGGUAAAACUUCGUACUCGUGAGAAUUGAAUAUCAUGCCGGACAUGUGUAUGAGAACUGAGUAAUUCACCGGACUUGUGUAUGAGACUUAAGAGUAAUACGCCGGAAUUGUGAGAUCUGGGUAAUACGCCGGACUUGUGAGAACUAGGUGCUACGUUAACCUUGAAUUAAAAAAUACAUGAAGAGCUUUAAGGUAAUUCCUCGAAAAUGAAAUAUCAACCUGUUUUUAACAUGACGCAGAAUACUUAAGUGUAUAAUUUUGUGCGUAUGACGUCAUGAUUUGAUUUUUUGUUGUUGAAAAAAUCCAUUUUACUGGCUAAAAUGUCCUCUAAAUUUAACAUAGUUUGAUUUGAGCUUCAAACCAUUUUCUACUAAUGAAAUAUUAUCUUUUGUUACUGGUUACGUUUAUUAUAACAGUCACCAGUAAAUGUUAUUGAUUUAUAAACCGUGAUAUUGUUAACUGUUACCGUUGUUGUUGAUUACUGGGUGUAUUGAAUUUAUGUAUACAUGUAGUUAUGAUUGUAAUAUAUAUAUAUAAUGGUAAACGAACAAAAGAAUAUGUUACAUUUUGAACUAACGUAAUCUCUCCCGGUGCAAAGUAAUAGUAUAAAAUUGUAUGACAUCAUAUAUGAUUAUCUAUUGGUGACGCCAUAACAGUAAAUUAGCAAACGAAAUGUAAGGUCUUCUUUUGUCAAUUUUCCUUUUUUCAUAUUAUUUAAUUCGUCCAUUUUAACUUGUUAUAUGUGGAUUAUUAUAGUCCGUAUCAUUUUUGUUAUACAGUAUACAUAUAUAUUUUUUCCAAAUGUUUUCCACAUAUUUAGAUACAAAAUGUAUUUAGAUAUAUAUUUGGAUUAUCAUUUUACCAACAUCAACCAUCACUGUUAAGGUGCGGUGUUCAUUAAUCCAUUUCACUAUUCUAAUAGCAAACAUGUACUUAUUGUUAAUUAUGAUUUUUUAUAUUAUGUACAUAUCCUCAUUUGUCUUUGACAAGACUUUCGUUAUAAAGAGUUAAUAUAUCGUGCCAUUAUUAGUAAUUCUGUUCUCUUUCUCUUUCUAAUUAAGUAAGUGCUGAAAAAAUUCUUGUUAUCAAAAAGAAUCGUGUAGCAGUAAUGUUAAUAUUGAUUUGUAGUGUUAUUAGUCCCCUGCCGUUUGAAAAACGGGGGGACUAUAGGUUUACCCUCCGUCCGUCUGUCUGUCUGUCACGCAAUAGUUGUCCGGACAACUCCUCCUGAAGGACUACUCCUAUCUUAACGAAACUUGGUAUACAUGAUCAGUAUAACAUGUAGUUGUGCAUCCCACAUUUUUUUUUUUUUUUUUCGAAAAACCAUUUUUCAAAAAAAAAAAUGGGAAAUGAAUAGGUGCACUUCUAGCUCAGGCAGGGGACUUUGUAUUGCUGUUGCAAUACUAUCCAUCCUUGUUGUUAUUAUAACAUUAGCGAGGUAGUGCUUUAAUCUUAGAUUGAUAUUGGAAUUGUUAUAACAUAAACACUGUUGUACUAUAAUCUCAGCAUUGUAGUGUUACUGUGAUAAUAACAUUAGCACUGUAGCGCUAUAUUAGGUUUCUAGUGUUGUAAUAAGUUCAGAACUCUAGUGAUAUUACUUCAGAUGUGUAGAGUUAUGAACCAGUUGGCCUUUAUAGACAGAUUUGACUAUCUAUAUAUUUAUACGCGGUGUCACGUUAUUCCCCUGUUGGUCGGCCGCCAUGUAUGUACAUUAUAUAACAGUAAAUGCUAACGAGAUAGCAGCUAUACAUUGUAAACCGUCGGAAAUAAAUUGUUACUGAUAUAUGUGGA